CGCUCUCGCUUGCGCGUCCCCUUCCGUCGGCACACGGACGGGUGUCGGCGUCGUUGAGCUGUGAAUGGACAUUAAUGGGGAAUGUAAUACACUUCUCUCAGUGACUGGUUUCUUCUGUCAUUUAAUCGCUGCAGCGGAAGAGUGGGUGUUGAUGAGUUGAUAACUGACAGAAGUGAUGUGAUAGCAGGUCUGCCAGGCAAGACAGAUCAGAGCAGACUGUCUGCUGCACAGUGAACCACCUGGAUGCAACACGUUACAGCAUAGACAGAAUGGAUUUCCCCAAUUACACUGAAGGGGUGUUUGCCACAAGCAACGUUAGCAGGAAUGACUCACUGGAGACCACUGAACUUCCCCCUAGUGAAAUCCUACUUACUAUAACUCUGUCUGUGCUGGCCAUCCUCACCACAUUCUUCAACUGCCUGGUGAUAACAGCUAUUGCAGUCACUCGCAAGUUGCACCACCCAGCCAACUACCUCAUCUGCUCAUUAGCAGUGACUGACUUACUGGUGGCUGUGCUGGUCAUGCCCUUCAGUAUUAUCUACAUCCAGAAGAAGAGCUGGGUCAUGGGUCAGGUGGUGUGUACCUUCUGGUUAAGUGUGGAUGUCACCUGUUGCACAUGCUCCAUUCUGCAUCUUGCUGCAAUCGCCAUUGACCGUUACCGGGCUAUCACAGACGCGGUGGAGUACUCACGCAAACGUACAGGAGCCAGAGCUGGUGCAAUGGUGGCAGUGGUGUGGCUCCUGUCCAUCCUCAUCUCACUCCCUCCUCUACUGUGGCAACACUACAGUGGCAAUGAUGACCAUGAAAAUGAGUGCAUCAUCAUCCAUCCUCACAUGGCCUUCACCCUUUAUUCAACACUCGGAGCAUUUUAUAUUCCACUGCUGCUCAUCCUCAUCCUCUACUAUAAAAUCUACCUGGCCGCUCAGACCCUAUAUAUGCGGAGGGAGGCUAGCCGGGCUAGCCGUCACUCAUGCAUGACCAAUGGCAGCAUGAUCCCCUCUACCUAUCCUGCUGGAGAUGGUGAUGUCGAUGGCGGGCCUCGAAGUCCUGAGCCUGUAAGCCCACCGGAAAAGUCUUUCUCUGAACCCUCAACAGAGGAAACUCCACGUGAACGGGUCCGUGUGUCUGUAAAGGCCUUUAAGUGCAAGUCACGACGGCACGAGUCACGCAGUGAAUCACGUCGUAGUCAGUUAUACCAAGGACCUCGAAUCUCGGGCUCACGAGAGCGCAAAGCGGCAUCCACGUUGGGGUUGAUAAUAGGGGCCUUUGUCGUCUGUUGGUUGCCGUUUUUUGUCAAGGAAUUGAUUGUCAACACCUGCGGUUCUUGCAGUACUUCAGGGGAAAUGGCCGACUUCCUGACAUGGUUGGGCUACCUUAAUUCUCUGAUCAACCCCCUGAUCUACACCAUCUUCAAUGAAGACUUCAAAAAAGCCUUCCAAAAACUUGUGAGGUGCAGUCAUUACCUCUGAUGAUUAUUUAUGCAUGAUCAAACCUGCACAUCAUCUAUAUAUGAGAGGAAACAAAAUUAAUGGCUUCAGGUCAAAAAUACUGACUGAAUAACUGAGUUAUUAUGUCUGAAAAACAAUAAUUUAAAAGAGCAAAAGGAUUGAUACUGGAAAAGAAACUUCAUCGGCCACUUCAGCAGCCUAAAUGGCACUGACUCAGCAAUGAGAUGGUGCGAGUUCCCAAUUGAAAAUCAAGUCCUGCUAUUUAUAGAAGAGCCUGAGACCUCAUUGAUGUUAAUUGGAGUACGUAAAGGGACACUGAGAAAAUGUGCCAUCACUGACCUUUUUUGAGGCCUGAGUUCUGAGCAUUAGUGAUCAGCCCCAUUUAUAGGUCUUGAAAUAGCUGACCAUUAUGUCUGUUCCAUCUAAUGACCUCCCUUCUGCCGAGUCCACGCUGCUGGCUUAAAUAUUGAACAUGUGUAAAAUACCACAGUAUACCAAGUUGUUGCUUUUUGUGGCUGUGAUGUUAUGAAAGGUGACUUUUUUCUGACUGUUGCAAUGAUUGUUAGCAGAACUAGUAUAUAUUUAGCCCUGCAAAACAUUCCAAAAUAUUAAACCACCAUUGAUAGAUGGUUUGACCUUCUUGUAAGUUAAUGGUACUGGCACUGGCUUCAUUUAUUUGACAGUCUAAAAAGACAUGGGAAGAUAUGGUCUAACUUUCGUAAGAUUUCAAUGCCUGAACUUAACAUAUAAUAUUUUAAAUGUUUACAAUUAACAGCUUAAAAUGUAAUUAAAAUAAAGAAAAUGUUUUAAGAUCUAGGGCUAAGGCAUACCAUAAAUAACACCAAAAUACUGGGGGACCAACAUAAACUUGACCCUAACACUUUUGAAAAGGUCUACUGUUACAGGUUAUACAAAGCACUGCCACUUUUAUUGAUUUUUUAACAUCAUUUGAUUAUUUCCUAUGGUAUUUAUGUAUUAUUUAUCUAGUGGAACCAACACCCCAUCUAGCUUCACUCCCACACCAUAGCUAGCAUUAGAUUAAUUGAAGGUGAGAGUCACUGGUGGAGAAAUCCUCAUUACACUACUCCCACUCAAAUACUUGGAAUAGAACUACUAUUUCUUUAUUGGUUUCAAGAGGGCACAUGAUAUGUUGAUGGAUGUGGAUGAGUCAAGUGUGAGGGUGUACUGUAUACCAAUGAGAUAAUAUAAAGCAUUCCAUAAACUUAUAUAGAUCUCUGACAGUAUGACCAGUCUGCUGUUUCUUCCUUUGUUUUUCACUGACUAAAUAAUCGAUAAUAAAUGGUCCACAGCUGAAAUUUUGUUCCUGUUCUUCUCCGAGUUAAGUAAUUGUUUAAGGAAAGUGUAUCAGCAUAUUCCCUGUAUGUAUGGAGAAAAUGGUAGCAGGAAUACCAAUGAUAAGCUGUAUGUGUAAAUUAAUGUUAUUAUGCUAUAUUACAUCAGUCUGCUUACUGUUUAAUGUGAAUAGAGUGGAUAUUUUCCAUAUUUUGAUUUGAUGGUGCCCCCUUGUGGCAAGCAGAAAGACACUCUGGUUGGUUAGUACUGUCUUUCACUGCUACAGCAACGAGAUUCAUGAAUCUGAAAAUACUGCUCACUUAGUCUCAUCGGUCAAACAAAUAAAAGUAAUUAGAAAUAAGCAUUGAUGUGCAAGUUCU